CACGUGACCACUUGGGCUUUUCCUGAUUUCAUGUUUUGAGGUUUUCUCCCGAUAAAAUGCCCUUUUUCCGCAUAUUCUGAAACUGAAGCUACUGGCCUCAUGGAGUUUUCUAGUGCCAAUGAGGAGCUCCUGUAUCAAGCUCGUCAUGGUAACAAUGUCAGGGUGACAGAGCUUUUGACGGAAGGAGACAACGACACCUCUGUGGCUGAUGUUAACUGCAGAGGCAACAAUAAAUCAAAUAAGGGUUGGACGCCUCUUCAUUUGGCCAGCUACUUUGGACAUUAUGAUGUGGUCAAAGUACUGACGAAUCAUGGCGCUGAUGUGAAUGUGAUCAACGAUUCCGGUGAUACACCUCUCCACAAGGCGGCGUACACAGCCAGAGUGGAAUUGGUGACGUUGCUGCUCCAGCAUGAUGCUGAUGUUUCUAUCAUCAAUGGCGAGGGGCAGAUGGCCAAACAUGUUACAAAUCAUCAGGAGAUCAGGGAGUUAAUUGAAGCGACAGAAGAUGUCGAAGAGAGAAAGGCUGGUGAGAAGUUCAUCUCGGCAGCGCGGCACGGAGACUUAGAGAAGCUGGCUGAAAUGCUCAAGACGAAUCAAAUGAAAACCUUGAACUUUACAGACAAGACUGGAAAUACUGCCUUGCACUGCGCUGCUUACCGAGGUCACAAAGAGGUUGCGGUGUUACUCAUACAGAACGGCAUUGAUACUUCCACUCUCAACAUGAACGGUCAAAGUGCGCUCGAACUUGCCAGAGACAACCAGACGAAACAAAUACUCGAUGUGCAACCCAUCAAAGAACUGAAGAAAAACGUCAAGAGAUUUGAGGGGCCAUUGUAUCGGCGCUCCAAGUUUCUCCGCGGUUGGAAGGGAAUGUGGGUUGUCUUAGAACGAGGGGUUCUCAGUUACUUCAACAAGCGCGCUGACGCUGCGACUGGUGUGAGGCGGAAAAGCUUCAAAUAUUUGGACGACGCGAAAGUUGAGCUCAAACCUGCCGACGCUAACACGUUCAUUAUUCGAUUCUCUGACGACACGUCACAUACGCUCACGGUCAGUUUGACUGAUUCUAAGGUCACACGACAGAAAUGGUUGAACGCGCUCAACGAGCACAUCUCGUACAGUACUUAUUACACCAAGACUGGGAGUAACUACGUCGAUGAAGACAUGGAAGACUUACUGCCGCUGGGCUCCAUGCAGGAUGCGCUCGAGAACAGCAAAGCACAUCAACAGAUUCUGGAGAAACAAAUUGCUCAGCUGCAGACGGUCGUGAACAGUGUAGCAGAAGACAGAAAGGUGUCCGCUACAAAGGCACACGCUCUCUCCCAACUUCGUCAGGAACUCGUCGAGAUUGUAGAGUCGUCGCGGGACAUGUGCAGCUCCCUGGGACAUUGUGUGACAUUAUUUAGCCAACAGGAAGAGCUCAGGAAGUUACAGCUGCAACAAGAGAUGGAGCGUUCACGGGUGCUGCAGGACGCGCUUCACGUCCUGGCGACAGAACACCACGAGCUCGAACAGUCCAUGACGAACGCCGGUAGCAAGUCGCCGCCGAAGUUCUACGACACGGAUGAUGAUGAGUUUUAUGACUGUGAUGAUGAUGAAGAUUCUUUAAACUACUCGUACUUCGAAUGUGAUAAUACGUCGAUCGCGGAGACCCAGAAUAAGGUAGUGAUGAAACAACAGGUCGAAACGACGUCCAACUCUGCUCCAAGUGAAAAUCUCUCAAAGUGGAAAGCAAGGAUGUGUCUACCGGUGCCGAUGUUCUCCAGAAAUGAUUUCAGUGUCUGGAGUAUACUGAGACAAUGUAUAGGCAAGGAACUGUCCAAGAUAACUAUGCCAGUAAUAUUCAACGAACCCCUAAGUUUCCUCCAGCGCAUAACGGAGUACCUCGAAUACGCGACACUUAUCAAAAAAGCGUGUGACUGUGAUGACCCCGUCGAGAGAUUUCAGUACGUGUGCGCUUUCGCCAUCUCAGCAAGCGCGUCAAAUUGGGAUCGACUAGGAAAACCAUUCAAUCCGUUAUUAGGCGAAACAUAUGAACUAACUCGCGAGGAUUUAGGUUUUAAAAUCGUGUGCGAACAAGUUUCCCAUCAUCCUCCAGUGAGUGCAUUCCACGUUGAAUCGCCAGAGUUUAUAUUCCACGGAGCGAUUCACCCGAAGUUAAAAUUCUGGGGGAAGUCGUUGGAGGUGCAACCAAAGGGGACCGUGACGUUAGAAUUACUCAGACAUGGGGAGGUCUAUACGUGGCACAACAUCAAUUGCUCAGUUCACAACAUUAUCGUAGGAAAACUCUGGGUCGAACACUCAGGUGGAAUGGAAAUAAUCAACCACACCACCAAAACAAAAGCCGUCAUCAACUUCAAACCCAGCGGUUGGUUCGGACGGGAUCUGCACAAAGUCGAGGGGUACAUUUAUGACAAAAAUAAAACAAAGAUAAAAGCUCUAUACGGGAAAUGGGUGGAUGGAAUAUUUGCUGUCAACACAGAUGUCUGGGAGAACUUUUGUAAAAACUUUCCACCUAAAACCCAGACUGAAGCUCAGAACGGUGACGAAUUCAAGGACUGUGAGCAGAAAAUGUCUAACGUGUCAUUAGAAGAUGGUGCUGUACCGACGCGGGGCUCGGCCUGUGACCUGAAUCUUCCUACUCAACAGCUUCUGUGGCAGGCGGACGAGCGACCUGCACACUCACCUCAAUACUACAGCUUCACAAUGUUUGCCAUGAUGUUGAACGAGAUGUCCGACUCCCUUCAGGGGAAACUCCCUCCAACCGACUGCCGGUGCAGACCAGAUAUACGACAGCUAGAAGACGGCAAUAUAGAUCUGGCUGCUGAAGAGAAAGUACGAUUAGAAGAAAAACAGCGAACGGCGAGAAAAGAGCGUAAGAAACGGAAGGAAGAGUGGAGACCAAGAUGGUUUGUAUACACUAACAACCCAGCCACCGGCAAAGAAGACUGGCUAUUCACGGGCGACUACUGGGCACGAGACUGGGCUCGUUCCCCCGACAUAUUUUGAUGCAGUCUCUCUAGCGUUAUUUUGUCAUAAUUUAUUACUCAAAGAGGGCGCUGUGACUAGUCUGCGAUUGGAUAAUACUCAGGGGAACCUGGAGGAAGAAACCAAGGGAAAUUACAUCGUCAAGAACAGAAAAUCUUUUUUGAGCUAUUACAAAUGGGCCGAUUAUGAUUACGAUUGAGUAUGGCUCAUGCUAUCCCUGUUUCAAACCUUCUUCACCCUCUGGAGGAGUCUGUGUGAACUAAAUAUUACACUAUUCUGAUGCUGUUAUUCUAAAUGGUGGAUUUCUUUGGGUUGUGACGAGAAUAGAGUGAUGUUGUUCCGUAAACUGACAUCAAAUCCGAAGUCAGAUCGAGCACAUCUGGGGUUGCUUUGGUCGUUGGAUUCGAAAUUGGAUGCAGUCGUGACACGGUAGAGAAUUAUCAGAACUGUCUGUGUACAUGUAUAUAGGUCAAGGUCAAGGUGUUGUGAUAAGUAGAGAGGAUAUUUGUGACCCGUCACAGCAAAACCAGGCGCUUGUCGCACAGAAGAUGAGCCUAAAUGACACCAGGAGAUAAUGGAAGGAAUUGACGUGCUCAUAUUUCGCAAAAGACAAACAAUAGAGAAAUGAACAGACAGUCCGUCUCAACCAGCCAAGCUCAGAGUGACAUGCGCCUGGUUUUGCUGUGAUGGGUCACAUUUAAAAAGAUAUCAAUAUCAAGGCAAUGCAACUGUCUGUAAAAUACAGAGGAUAUCGAAUGGAUGUGCAUACCCUUUCUCUGGGAGACCCCCCCCAGAUGUUUUCCCGCCAUUUCUCAUAUACAGGCGAAGGUCUCCAACCGUGGAUCAAUGAUUGGGAUUAAUCACCAACAUUCCAUCCAUGGACCUCCGUGGACGAAUCUACCAUGGGCCAUUUCAGAUCUAUGAAUGGAGACAUUUGCCUGUUCAUAAGUGUGGGUCCUCCACUUUUUCACUGGAUAAACAUCAUAUUUCAAGUGAUGCCACCAUGUGGCAGACCACUGACCGACGGACCUGUAUUUUGCCUUGCAAACGAUUGUUGCAUGUUUGCAUAAGACAGCUAGAUGGGUGAAUGAUUCCCUGUGAUAAUUGGAUGGUAUAAUUGUUGACCAGUGUUAAGUAUGCAAGAUUUGUAAACAUUUAUUUAAUAUUCAUUGCAAGUGUAGAUUAUCUUACUUGUUUAUUGUGCUAGCGUGACUAUCAUCGAGAGUUUCUGUGGUAGUUUUGACCUGCGCACCACUUAUUCCUCUUCAACCUUGGUUGUGAUCUCAACAAGAAUAACGGAGGUGCAUGUAACUCUUUCAUUCUUCUUUAUAUGAGCCAGCAUUAGCAACCAGUAAUGAUCAUGGAAGUAAAGAGUGUCUCGUAAGCCAAAUCAGGCUUUCAUUCCGGGUGACACUAUAAGAAAUAAACUUAACACUACAUAUAAUGUGGGGUCAUGCUAAUUCCCGACCUACCCCGACUUUUCCCAACAUUUCCCGACUUGCGGAAAAUGCUGCCAAAAUGUAGUGUAUUAAUCAUCAGAAUAUUUAUAUUUGUACUGUUUACAUACAUAUACAGCACGUCUGUUAAUUUCAAGACUUUUGAACGAUGCUAAGUUGAGCAAAGCAAGUUACAUCUACCCAACCGACCGCAAUUUUUCUGCAGGUCGGUAAUCUUAGUUAGUUGUGGUUGUCGCUUCUUGUAAACUGUACAUGCAUAUGGCCUUGUCUGAACCCAGCAUAAAUUAAUUAUUGGAGUUGAUUUGCUCAACUUAGCAUCGUUUAAAAGUCCUGAAAUUAACAGACGUGCUGUAUAUGUAUGUAAACAGUACAAAUAUAAAUAUUCUGAUGAUUAAUACACUAUAUUUUGGCAGCAUUUUCCGCAAGUCGGGAAAUGUCGGGAAAAGUCGGGGUAGGUCGGGAAUUAGCAUGACCGUAUAAUGUGUGUGUACAUGACUAUCUAUUGCCAAAUAAAAAAAACUUGUUUGCAAAUGUUUUUUACAGUAACAUCAUUACAGUUCAUUUUAGGAAAAAAAGAUAAUUGUUCUGAAUACGUGCAUAGUACAGGUUAUUAUAAUGGGUGUGGGUUUAUGAAUGAAUAUUGCACAUUUUGCCGGUAGAGGUUUAUUUUGGCAAAAUGGUGGGUCAGCCACAUUCGCAGUUGUCCCUGUUCCCAUUGAUGCAGCCACAAAAGUUUCCAUUCCUUUGAAAGCAGACGUGUUGUAACUUGGAAGUUGAUUUAUAAACAGUAAAUUGUGAUUAACUUAUACUCUGUAAAUAGUUUGUCUUGUAGGUUUAAGCUUAGAUAUCCAAUGAAGUGUGGACAAUUUUCAGAUUCCCAAUCUCAGGCACAUCCAGGCAACCAGAACCUUGUUGCAGGUGUUUGUUAGCCUCAAUACAGUCCAAGUUACAAUUGACAUCCUUCCUGCUUCGCAUCGUUUACGCGUAACGUAGGAUUUGUGAAGAUUUUGAAAAGUUCUAAAUUUCAAUAUUAAUUUUUUUAACUUUUUGGUUGGUAACAAAUUUUUGUUCAGUUUUUCCAAUCAAACUGUUUGUUUGGAAUUGAAUUGAUAUUUGCAGAGGAAGAAAAUGGCUGCGAAAAUUUGGCAUUUAAUGGUAUAUUGCCACUCAUUUCUUAUGAACUUUACUAAAUCUUUUUCAGAUUUUUAAAAAUUUACACAUUUCUCAAACUUUUGCAGUGAGUGAGUUUAAGAAUUCGAAUGUGUAAGUAACGUUUGUGAAUCUUGUAACGAUAUUGUGUGCAACAAAUUAGCUGAAAUGAGUCAUAUGAUAAUAUCUUUUUGGGGUAAUUCUCUAAAAGAUUGAAAGCAUGAUCCAACGUGUUGUGAGAGGUAUGUAGGCUGUAUUGAACUUUUUGGUCGGGUGGGGGGAGGGGGGGGGGCAGAAGGCUCUCGUUGGGCUGAACACCACAUUUCAUUCUAAAUCUUUAUGGAAACAUAUCUGGAAGUAUUCUGAAUACGUCAGUACUUGGAACUUGGCAAAUCAGCUUUCAACAAAACCCUGUUCUUAUACGAUGUUUAAAAAAUAAAAAAGUGCGGGGGGAAAGGGAGGUGUGGUAUGUAUAUUUAUGGCUUUAUAAAUUUAUAGAGGUACCCUUGAUAUAAUUUGGUCCAAGUUCUUGAGAAAUGUAAAUUUUUGCUGUCCAAUUUUUUAUCUGUAACUUCAUUUUCACUGGGCAUACUUCAAUUCUAUGUCUGGCAGGUGUUUUUAUUCCUAGGGCCCAACGUCACUCUACCGAGAGGUGGAAUGGAGUUGAUGAAGGGUUAGGUUGUGCAACUGAACCUACAUGUAAACAUGAGUUUGGGGUAUUUCUUGUUGAAAUUGUAAAACUCGCAUUUCUGAAGAACCUGAAUAGAACAUUAGUCUUGUAAAUUAUUUCAAAUCUCCAGAUCACGUCUCGAUCAUGUACAUUUUUUGUAAAUAUCGACAUGUAUAGAAUCUUUGUAAGUAAUUGGACUCGAUGUGUAUUUAAAGAUAAUACAAGGCAAUUUUCAUGUGGAAGA